AUGAAAAAGAAAAAAGAAAUGUAUACGAAUAUCUAUCAUGGUCGAUGUGAGAGAGAGAGAGAGGAGAGAGAGAGUAGAGAGAGAGAGAGAGACGAAGAAGAAACAACUGCUACUGCCGGAAUCAGCCAAUAUAGUCUCUCCUGCCAUUACUGACUUCAACAAUAUCAAUGUAAAAUUGAGCCCUAAUCUGAAGAAGCAGUAAAUAUUAAAUUUAGGGAUUCCUUCCUUCCUUACUUUCAGUUUUUUUUUUUCUCACCUUACAGAAAAAAACACUGGGCACCAUUUUGCUUACAUCAACCAAAAGCACCCACAUUGCUAACAAACAAAAACUUCGAUACUUCCACAACCUAUUUCCUUUUAUUUAUUUAUUUAUUUAUUAUUUUGUAUUCGCCGCUUCAUUCUGAUGCUGUUCGUCUCGAAGUUGAGCUCUGAUCUGUUUUUGGGAGAGUAGAUACAAGCCUAGGAAUCAUGUCGAAGCCACUGCUGCUCGUGUUUUUUGUGAUGAUAUUGGUUAUCGUGGCUCAAAUCGAAUGGCGACAGCAAUUCGUAGGUGAGAUGGAUCCAACCGCUGCGGAUUCUAAUCCGCAGAUUGCGAAAAGGGUGGAGCUUAUCAAAGAGAAGGUUAUCUUAUCGCAGGAGAAGAACAUCAACAAACUGAACGAGCUGGUAAAGGGUCUCAAAGAACAACUAAAGAAAUGCAAGUGCAGUAACGAAACAUUGAACGUACCCCCAAGCUCGCCUGCAGAAAAUGUUACCGAUGUUGAUGAAGAUCAAACUCUGGACUGAAUGGCGAAAUCGAAGCUCUUAUCUUCGCAUAUGAAAUAAUUAUACUUCGUCGCCCCUUUAUGCUAUAAGCUAUAAUGCUUGUUAAACAAAUUCUACUGUUGUAUGGUAAAUCGUAAUUAUAUAGCCUCGGUUUGUAAAGUUCUUGCAGUUCUCUUUUGUG